AAUGGACGGACAAUUAAGAAAGUCAAAAUUUCACCCAAAAACUCCUUUGGACGAAUGGAAUCCAAUGAAUGUUGACUUUAAUGAUGAAACAUUAAAUACUUACAAGUCUGGUAUUGGUCGAGAUAUGAGAAAUGCCGAAACUCAAGGAAAUUAUGCUAGACUUUUUGUAACAAAUUUUCCUCCUGAACUCGAAAAAAUUGGACUUAAAAAUCUCUUUCAAGACGAAUUAAACAUUCACGUAGAUGUUGUAACUACUAAAGAUAAAAAUAUGAAGGAUAUAGCGUUCGUUACCGUCCCCACGAGAAUCGCCUCUAGAGCAUGCCACAUUUUCAACAACAGACAACUUGGCCAACACAUCUUGACUGUACGAGUUGCUCAGAGUAAGAAUAGGGUUAGGGAUAAGGAGGAUAUAGAGGGAGGAGAACUCGAUCCGGUUUAUGAAGAAUUAAAAAAAAAUUACGAAAAUUCUCAAAAAGCAUUGCAGGCUCAAGAAACAAAAGAUUUUAUUAGGGAUAAAGGUACUGCAAGAUUUGACGAUUUUCCACGUACAGCUUUACAUAAAGGUGAACUGAGAAAAGGAGUAGCCGUAAGCUGUUUAUCAUGGUCCAGUUGUCAGGAUGAUAUUUAUGUAUAUUUGGCCGAAACGAGAAGGGACGUUAUUGAGGGAAUCAAAUGCGAUAAACAAGAAUUACCAAGCGCCGAACGUUUUCACGUGGCCUUAACAGAAUACAAAGGAAGAUUGUAUCGUGCCAAAGUACUUGAAGUUCUUGGUGAAGAUACUUGGAUCGUUCAUUUAAUUGACAUAUGUAAGAUUAUUACUACGAAAAACUUAUACGCUUUGAAAGAAAGUAUGCUGGAUUUGGAAAUUCAACCUGUUCAAUGUAAACUAUUCGGCCUAUCUUUAACAAGCGUCCUCUCAAAUUGGGUAUGCAUUUAUGAUAUUAUCUUUGAACAAUUGCUAAGAGACGAAGAAGUCGACAUGAUAGUUAAAGCAGUCUCUCGAGGGGUCAAUUAUGUAGAUUUUAAAUCGGAACUAAUUGGCAAUAGCUUAUGCGAAUGGUUAGUUUCAAAGAAAAUGGCUAACUUUAUACCUUCUUACGGUCUCCAUAAGGGACAUAUAUCUUAUUUUCGAGAUUUUCAACACUUUUACGUUCAAUUUAACCGAGAAAAAGUUGAACAUUUGGAAUAUCUCUUGAAUAAUUUAGAAAAGCAUUAUCUAAAAAAUCAUUUUGUCAGUUUGAAAGUAGCAAAAAGGGCUACAGAUAACAAAUGGUAUAGGGUAAAAAUCUUGGAAGAUAGAUCGGCUUUUUUUGUUGAUUAUGGUUGGAUAGAAAGUGUUGUAGACGUUCGCCACUUACCGGAAGGAAGUGAAUAUCUUUGCCCUCCUCAAGCUCAACUCUUCCAUUUAGAAGAUCAUUUUUUGGCAGAAUCUAUCGAAAUAUUUACCAAGGAAUUCUCAGGAGCCGAAAUCGAAUUGGAGUUGCUAUGUCAGAGUGCAGUGAGAAGAUUUAAGCACGGCUCGAGAAUAUAUCCAAGAGAUGCUAGAAAACUUUACGAUAGAACUCUAUCUGUAUCCGUAAAAGAUACACCUGAAGAAAACUUAACGAUUGCCGAUGAAAAGACUAGAAAGCUUAGCGCUAGAGAUUCCAGAUUAAAUGAUGUUUUGUCUCGUAUUAAGAAAUAUGUGACUGAAAAUUCAACAGCUUGUGACAAUGAAGUUGUCACUGGAAAGAAAUUUUCAAAACUAGAAAAUGAAUAUUUAAGAGAGAAAUCACCGUCAAUUGCUUUAAAGAAAUUUCAAAAUGAACAUUCGAAGCAAGAAUCGUUCGAUGAAGAUACUACCGACAAUCGAAAUGACAGAAUGUUAACAUCCGAUCAAGGUGACAUUUCUGAACUGAAGAAUAAAAUCAGCCCACUUAAAGAUAUACCGUUAAGAAAAUCGAUUCCUAGUGAUAAAGAAAAGUACGAGGAUAUCCGAUUCCUCAGUAAGAACAACGAAGAAGAUAGAGAGAAAGGAAAAACUCUCGAGAAGAAAGACGAUGUAGCAAAGAGUUUAGACAGUUCUAUUGCAUCUGGAAGGAAGAUUACCGUUGAUCAAAAUGAUAAUAAAAUUGUAGAUACUACGUUCGAAGAAACAAUAACCGUAACAAUUGGUGAUAAGAUGAAAAAAGAAGACUUUAGCUUUCUAAAAUCUAUAUACGAUAAGUAUUCAGGAGUUAAAUUUCCCGAACCAAAUAAGGCUGUCUUUGUUAAUGUAAUUGGUAUUUACAAAAAUCGAUCAGUUAAACUUUUGUGCAUAUUGGGAAAUAAUAAAUUAAAUAGGCUAUUCUCAGAGAUGAAUGAUUUCUACAACAAGCUAACGUUAACUACCGACUAUGAACCAGAAUUAAAUGAGAUUGUGGCUAUUUGCUUUAAUGGAGAAUGGAUGAGAGCCGAAAAACAUCAAAAUUAUUACUUUUGUAUAGAUAUUGUAUAUUAUAUAUCUGAAAAUCUCGUUGAAGGAGUACAUGAACUUCAUCCCUCAUUUACGAAAUGUCCAAUUUACGUCGCUUUCGUUGAACUUAUUGGUACAUGUUCUACAGGAAUUAACUGUCCAACUAUACUCUUUGGCUAUAGAACUAAUAAAAGUUCAAUUUGCGCUCAAGAAGUACCUGAUGAAGAUCUCACACCCGACUUAAUCAAACUAAAGCAGUCGUCGGUAUAUUAUAAAAUGAACGCUAUACGAAAUAUACAGAAGAAAGGUGGGCAAAGUGGUUAUUUUGAUACUUUAACAGCUAUGCCAGUUAAUCGAAAAGACAUGAAAAAUCACAAUAUCUAUUCGAGAAAGGACAUCAAAAAGUUUGAAUUUAUGGAUUUGAAGUUGACUGCUGGCUAUUGUCUUAAAGGCUACGAUCAUAAAACUCUAUUAAAACCUGUUAGCGAAGUUUACCAUGAAAGGAAUAUCUCAUUGAACCUUCAGGAUGAUGAUACCUUAAAGGUGUUAAAGCAGAAAGUAACUGGAGCUAUUGGUUGUUCUAAAACUCCAUUAGCUGAAUCGAAAAGAUUAAGUAACAUUGAAGAAAAAUUUGCAAAUGACAACGAAAAAAGAGCAUCUUCAAGUCCGACGAAAAUAAACUCAACUGUUGACUCCGUUGGCGAAGCAAAGGUGAGGUCGAUUAAAAAAGAAGAUAGAGAAGAUAAUUCAGAAGACUUGCUAAGUCAAUCAAUUAAAGCAUUAGAUGUCGAUUAUAUACGUUCAAAGAAAUUAGCUGCAAAACUAUUGGCCAACAGAGCUCCAGAUGAUAGAAGAAGAUAUCGAAAUGGAGAUUAUAAAACGAAUUCAGGCUACAGAGACAAGAUCAUUGCAGUGAAACUGCCUGUAAAUCAACAAGUUCUUGGGCAAAUAAUUGUUGCGGAUGACCCCAAUUCAUUCUAUUUUCAACUCGACGAUAAUAAAGAAAUAAAUCAAAAGCUAGAGGAAAGGUCAAGAGAACUAGCGGAGAAGCUUGGUUCAUUUCCUCAACCAAAGCGUGAUAUGCUUGUUUUAGUCAAGCGCCAUAAUAAAUGGCAAAGGGCUAAAGUAGUUGAAGUAAACGAGUCGAAAGUUACAGUUAGAAAUCUUGAUAUUGGAGGGAAAUGUCAAGUCAAUACUGAAGAUGUUAAAAUGAUGCCGGAAAUAUUAAGAUGUAUACCACCUUUGGCAGUUCAUUGUAGUCUAUACGGAAUUGAAUCGAAAGGAGACAAAUGGUCAGCAGAAGCUUGUAAGACAUUUAAGGGUUUAGUGUCAAGACAAUUAGUUUCCGUUGAAGCCACCGAAAUUAUUGGCGAUUUUGCAUUUGUAGAUGUGUUUAUUGAAGGAAUGAGUCUUCGACAAUCACUAGUCAACUUUAAGUUGGCCUCUUGGGCAAAUGAAGAGGACGCAAAAGAAGCUAUUUCGAAAUCUGCUGCAACAAAUAGUUGUAAAUGUAAAGAUAUAGAAUUGAAGAAAUUAGAACUUUGCGAUGGAACUGUUGUUAGAGUAAUCAUUUACGAAUUCAACGAUCCUUCAAAUUUUACAGCUCAAGUUAUCUGCCCCGAAAUAGCUUCGGCACUAGUAUCGUUACAAAACGAAGCUAAUGAACUAUUCUCAAAAGAUGACGACAAUUAUAAAAUUGAGGGAGAAAUUCAAAUUGGUGAUUUAGUGUUUGCAAUCAACCCUGAUGAUAACUUGUAUUAUAGAGCAGUAGUUACGUCGGUUGAAGAAAAUACACUAUUUCAAGUGAGAUUUCUAGACUUCGGUAACGAAUCCGAUCAAUUGGUCGGCGAAGAAUUGAGAGCCAUUCCAGAGAAGCGUUUCAUUGAAGACCUUCCACCGACUGCUUUGAAGUUUACCCUUAGGAAUUGUGAAAACAUGAACAUGAGUCCAUCGGAAAAGGAAAAGUUUAGAACAAUAGCACAAACGGAGACUAUUAUGGCAGUUGUUUUAGAAUGUAAAGACGAUAAGUAUAUCAUAGACCUAGAAGACGUACAUGGCAAUCCGGUGGGUACAGAUCAAUAG